UUCGUUGAUUUUCUUCAACAACAGUCAUCAGCGCAAUCAGUUUCGCAAGUUGCAGAUGAAGAAAUGGAAUUUCUCAUUAGUGCAGUAGAAAAAUUAAUUUAAACUAUUCAAUCCUGCUGCAUUUGCUCCAAAUUCCAGUUAUUCCAGUGUAAUAAGUGAUUAUCUAACUGUUUUUGGUGGAUUACCAGUGUUAUUCCGGUGAUUUCAGACGAAACGGAGCGAAAAUCAAAACGCGAAAAAUUGGGCGUACAUCUGGAGGAAGAACAAGAAUGACUCACAUAAACAAGUAACACUGUAUUGAUUUCUUCCGGGAAAUCAUCGUUCGCAUCCGGACGGAGCGAGUUAGUGGAUCACUUUGCAGAAUUAUUACUCUAAUCGAAUCGCAAUAAAUAAAUAGCCAAGGACAAUGGAGAUAUUCCAAACGGAGAAUUACUACAUCUUUGUUCGCAAGGAAAAAAGCCUCUGGUGGAAUCGAGCAACAUCAGAAUUUCAAAUCAAAUGUGGUUGGGAUCUGUCCUCGGUGGACGACAUCGAGUGUAUUGGUAUUACGCAUGGCAUCGUUGGAACCAUUGCGCUGCAAGGCGUUCUCGAGCCGCAUUUAAUCAUCAUCAAAGAGGCUGUCCCCGUGGGAGUUCUGUAUGCCCCGCAUUUGGUGUACAAAAUUAAAAGUAUUUGCAUUUUGGGACCAGAAGAGCCGGACAGCAUUCUGCUUCCGUGUUCCAAGCACAGCACGACUACUACCGUAAAAACAAUCAGCAGUAUUUCCGGUGGACAAUCGGCACAGGCGGGAUCCGGCCAGAAUGUUGCUGGGGCUUCGUCACGGAAUCGAUUGUUUGAAAGUUCCGCCUUGGUCAAUAAAACUUGGGGAGCGGUCAAGAGUGCGGGAAGCACCAUAAAGAAUACGACAGAAAAGGCCGCUGCCAUCGCAUCAAGCCAGGUAAAGUCCACUGUCGGAAUGGUCGUCAAGGAUCCGGUUCGAAUCGAGAAGCGCGUUAUGGACGAGUUGCAUCGGAUUUUUGACGAAAGUGAUAGCUUCUACUAUAGCUUAGACUGUGAUAUUACCAAUAAUCUGCAACGAAGAGGCGAACCUCCGGAUGAUCGGUUCUACUGGAAUCUGAACAUGCUGAAGGAUAUCAUCAAGCUGAACGACGACAACUGGGUGCUACCGAUCAUUCAGGGAUUCGUUCAGGUCGAACAGUGCGUCAUCGGAAACGAGUGCUUCACCCUGGCGCUGGUGUCUCGAAGAUCACGAUACCGAGCGGGUACUCGGUAUAAGCGUCGAGGCGUCGACGAGGAUGGUUAUUGUGCUAAUUAUGUGGAAACCGAGCAGGUGCUCUCCCUGCGGCAACACCAAAUAUCAUUUACGCAAGUUCGGGGCUCCGUUCCGAUCUACUGGAGCCAACCGGGAUACAAGUACAGGCCUCCACCAAGACUGGAUCGAGAUGAAAACGAAACCCAUUUGGCAUUCGAAAAGCAUUUCGAUAAGGAGUUGCAAACUUAUCAGUCCGUUUGUAUUAUCAACUUGGUGGAGCAAAGCGGCAAGGAAAAAGUGGUUGGAGAUGCAUAUGCCAACCACGUGGUGCGGUACAACUCGGAUAAGCUCACAUACGUAACGUUCGAUUUCCACGAAUAUUGUCGUGGAAUGCGCUUUGAGAACGUUUCCUCGUUGAUCGAAGCGUUGGCUCCCGAGGCUGGUUCGAUGGGUUUUCAUUGGAGGGACAGUAACGGUUCGAUUUGCAACCAGAAAAGCGUCUUUCGGGUCAACUGCAUGGAUUGUCUGGAUCGGACCAACGUAGUGCAAACGGCCCUCGGGAAAGCCGUGCUAGAGUCUCAGUUGGUUAAGCUUGGCCUGGCGCCACCCUACUCUCAGCUUCCGGAACAGCUGAAAGUGCCAUUUAUGAUCCUGUGGGCAAACAAUGGCGACGUUAUUAGUAGACAGUACGCCGGAACCAACGCUUUGAAGGGUGAUUACACGCGCACUGGGGAACGUAAAAUUAGUGGCAUAAUGAAAGAUGGAAUGAACUCUGCAAAUCGCUACUUCAUCCAACAUUUUGCGGAUUCGUUUCGGCAAAGUUGCAUCGAUUUGAUGCAAGGCAAUCUAGACGCCUUCGAACCGCUGGUGGAAGAUGACGUCUGCGAAGCAUUGCUCGGUGUUGCAACAAACGCGAUUGUACCGUCACGUGGCGCCCCACUGGAAUACUACAACCACGGGGUGAUAGGUGCGGAGCAUAUUCUGCUCGAAGAAGUUCUCUACGGUGCCAGUUACUACUUGGCGCGCUUCAAAGAUACGUACCGACAGGCCACCAUAGACAUGAUGCUCGGAAACAGUGUAUCGGCCGAAUCGGUCAACGCCCUUGGCGGUCAAGCGGGCGUGGUUGAUGAAACGGACGCCUUGGAGGGUGCCGAACAUGCCCGUUUGCUCGUGGAAGAUUGCCGGCGGCUGCUGUUGGGCACAACACAACUGCCAGUGGGUGCUUGGGGUCUCAUCGAUGCCGAUCCGAGCACUGGCGAUCCCAACGAAACGGAAGUCGACACUAUUCUCAUAUUAACGGACGAUUGCUACAUCGUCGCAGAGUACGAUUCCCAUUUAGAUAAGAUAGUUCGCUUCGAAAACGUGUCGCUGGACAGCAUUACCCUGAUCGAACUCGGCCUCUUCCAGCACAAUAAAAUGUUCCAAGGCCCGGCGCCGGCUCAUCUGUGUAUUCGCUUGAACUACGCUGUCGAUGGCGUGGACGGGUACUUCCACAUGUUCCGUUCUCCCAAUAUUCGAUUCUUCAAUAACGUAGCCGUAGUCAUUAAGAAAACGGAGGAAAUUACAGAAUCUCUUACGGCGAUUGUCGACCUAUUCCGGAUUGCACUGGAAAAUCGGGGACGAGGUAAUGUUCCUCUCCAAUGCGGGGGGAGCUUACAGCGGAGAAAAAGCAGGACACUCCUCUCGGUUCCUCCGGGCAUUCCGAGGAACCUCUCCGAAUCACAACUGGUUCAGAUGGGCUCGAAGGCGUUAAGUAACGUUGCGGGUCAGUUUUCAAAAAUUGGUCAAAGCUUGAAUCCCGCGAAAAUAGGUCGCUCGUCUGCAGGUAAGAAGGCGAAGGCGGCAAAUCCGGUGCCAUACAUACAUGCAGGACAGAUAGCGGAUGAAGCCGAGCGUAGCAGAUUCACGGUGGGAUCACGAAGUUCCAGUCUGAAGAAAUCCGAAGGUUCUAGCUCGGAGUCAGAUGAGGCCGACACGAGCAUCUAUGAACCAGACGAGGGAGAAUUGGUGCAGGAGAAUCCGCUGUACAACGAAAACGUUUUUCUACCGUCGGUGGGAAUCGUUAUGGGUGGUCCUGGGUCUGUCGGCGGUGAUGAAAAUCCGGCUAGCAUGCUGGCCGACAAGGACAAUUUUGCAAAGAUGUCGUCCGAUGUGUCCACCAUGUCGAUUUCGUCCGUUACCGAUCAUAUAAAUAUGCCGGCCGGAAUGCUCGAGUGUGCUUCGCCGAUCCGAGGCCGUAGUCCCACGCCGGAGAUUCGAGUUGAUGGAGGCGGUACGGAAGCUGUGGAAAAAGUGAACCUCGAAGGAAGACCGGGAAAGGAUCUCACGUUAAAUUUAGCGGGAAAUCAAAGUGAGAAUGCUUUCAAACAGCUGAAGAAGUUGACGAGUCCGUUAUCGAACAUUGGUAAGGGACUGCAAAGUUUGAGUGCAAACUUUGAUCCGAGGAAGAUUUCCGUUAAGACACCAGUGCUACCAGCACGAAAUCUCGAAACACCAACGGCCGAAAUACGUAAACUGGAGGAGAAAUGGGAUAAAGCCCAGUGCCGUAGCAAGUUGAUAGCGCUGUAAAACACACAGGAUCUAGCAAUUUCCGUGCAUAUAAACAUUAUUUAGGAAGUUAUUCGGUUGCGCGUAGACCGAUUGAUUUUUAGCAAUUUAGCAUCGAUUGCACUUUCGUGGAGCUUACUCAGCAUGUUUGAGGAUAGGAGACUGUUUUAGCCGCUAUUUUCGUUCAAAACUCGCGAUCAAUGUGCUUUGGGUAAGUUUAGCGUGUUAUUCACCAUGUGUAUUAGGCGGAAAUCUCCGGUUCAUUUCCGGACAAUUAACUCAAAAAAAAAAAACAGUUUAUUUACAUAUGAGUUCGAUAGUAUUCGCUACAGUAUUUUGCAGACGUUACGAUACUUAUCCAAUGCAGGCUUUCAUUGUAACAACUUACGAAUAUUUAGACCAAAGAUCUAUACUACUUGUACUGUUAGGCUAAAUGUUUAUCCUAUACUACGAAAAAAAUUGGACCAUUCCUAUUAGUCUAUUUCGGAUUGUAGCGUGCUUCAGUUUAGCAGUGAAUCGUUCUAAUAUCUUUUAAGAAGCUUACUCUGAUAUUUAACAUUUAACAUGGCAACGAUUUGUCCGAUUAUAGCUUGUGUCAUUGUGGCAAAUUAUGCUUCUUGCUGUUAUUCUAUAUGUUUUUGAAUUGACUUCAGAGUGUUUUAUUCAGACUUGCUCUGGUGUAGAGUAUGUUUGAAGUUCUGUGCAGUAAUUAUUAGACUAUAUGGGUAACGCACAAAAUAUGUCACGCAAAAUUUCGACCCUUUUUAAUUUUACCAUUUCUGGUGAUGUUAUUAGUUCGUGAUUAAGUUUGUACGAAUUUAAGUUUUGUGAGGCUUAUCAGGGAACUCGUUUGAGAUUGCGCUCGACUGGGAAUGGUAACAACAAAUUCUGAACAUUUCAUUAAUGCUCUCCUUCAGAUGAUUCUAGCAGCCACGAACUUUUUCAUUGCAUAACAUAUUUGCAGUGUUGGGAAUACUCACUUGCCACUAUCUCAGUUCAGAAGAAUGCUAAGUCUAAAAUUUUGCCGAAUAAAGUAUUUCACACAUGCAUACCAAAGUCGUGAAAGAGCUGUGGAGGCUACUCUAGGUGAGUAUAAACUUCACUCACGCCGUGGAGAGUUGCCUUCACAGUUUUUUCACGAUUUUGGUAUACUUGUGCGACCUUUAUCUUAUUCGACAAACUUUGGGAUAAAACUACAAUAUGAAAGUCCCACAUAUAUCGGCUUUUGACAGGGUCUGUGUCAUUUGGUAUAACGGUAAUUUGGCAUAAUGAACACUUGGCAAAAUAAAGAAGGGUGCAUUUCGAUUAUGCCAAAUGACGUUUAGGCCAAAAAAUUAACUUACCUACCUUUUUCCCUGUGAGGUUCUUUUGUUAUUCGUAUUCGUAUUCGUAUUCACGAUCAGAACAGAAGUGCUUUAAGGACGACUUGUUAGAAUCCCAAAAUGGCCGCCACAAUGGCCGACUUUGGCACCUACUCACGAUUUCGAGGGCACAAAUCUCUUCGUAAACAAAACCAGCGCUCCUGAUCUUUUUAUUUUAAGCUUAUUACAAGUGAGCAAGAACAGAAUAAUGAAAUUAACUGUUGUGUGAAGCUUGCUUCUUAAGAUUUGUGCGUUUGAAUGAUGCACUGUUGAAGUGGGAUUUCAAGACGUUUGUCCUUAAAUAGCAACAAGCAAAUCAGUUGUGCGAAAUGUUUCGAUACUGCUGAGUGACGUGCUUUGUUCUUGAACUGCAAAAACUACAUAGUUAAUCAAUUUUGUUUGUUUGUUUGUUAUAACAGUUUAUAUCGCUCAAUUCUUGUUCGCAUCUCGCCUUUUAAGAUUAAUGCUACUUUUUAGCUAUUGACAAGUUGAUUAUCAUUAACUGUAUAUUAAGUUAGACCACAUUUGACAAGGCUUUGCUGGAAGGAAGUAUUUACCAAAGUCAAUUAUCAAACGCAUUAUUAUACAGAACUACACAAGUAUAACAAUAAUUAAACUUAAUACUAGAAACAGAAGAAAUGUGAUUAUGGAUCACAUUUUAAAACCAUCAUAUACAGUAAAUAUUGUGAGUUAUCCGCUUUUACAUAGAGAAUUUGGCACAAACAUACAAACAGUAGCAGUAGGGAGUUCCAGGGACAUACAUUUCGCCAACUUUAUCCAAGUAUCACAGGCCUACGAGUAAGAAAGCGACCGGUUGCGAUAGUUGUUCCUUUUGCCAUGCUGCAAAGGCUAUUUGUAAUAAUAGAUAUGUAGGUUGUUGAUAUUUUUGUGUAAGGCUACCUUAAGUGGGGAACAUAGCGAAAGAAUAAUCCGUUGGUUGGCAUAAAUAUCUCUUUUCGAUAGCACACACCAUGCCCGAAAACAAAACAUCUAGUAAAUUAUAUCGUUCGCGCUUUAGGGAAAAACAAACUUAUACCAUUAUGUAACCAAUUGAGCAUGCAACAAAACCCAAAAGCAAUAUCCAAAUAGUAGCUGCGGAAA